GGAGAAGCCCGGGCCCCCAGCUCUGGAGUCUGGGCUGCUGUAGAGGGCAUCUAAGGAGAGAGAGGCCUGCAGCAGCAAGUGCCGUGAAUGGUGGAUGUGAGGAUGAUCGAAAUAAAGUACUAACAAACUACCGGUACUCUAUUUUCCCUAUGAAUCAGUUGCCCUCAUUGGAAUAUCUAUAAAGAAGGCUUGUGUUAAGGUCUGGAAGUAAAAUGAUCAUGGAUGUCCUAGGUAUUGGACAUGGCUGAAGAAGCCUGUUAUUCCCAGUUUCUCUGGCCAAUGCUGGCAAGAAGUGAGAAGUUGUCACUGCAGAAGAAACAAAGCUACGUUUAUGCUUCUUGCUCAGUCAAGUCAGCCCACUCCCCCAGCCCAGCAUUUCUUUUGGCCCCAUCACUAGCACUGUACCUCAUUCUGCACACAGUAACGCAGCACUGAUCUACUAAGAGGUCUACACGACAUCCAGAAAGUUCACAGCAGGUACAGGUGGAAAACCUCCAAUAAAGUAUAUAUUGUCCACCAUAUAACUAUGAAGGCUGUCCAAGUAGCACUGCUUUUAUUUGCUGUGUGGGAAAUAAGUGCCACCCCCACUGGUCGCCUCUCCUGUUAUAAGAAGAUUUUAAAGGACCGAAAUUGUCACAAUAUUCCUGAGGGAAUAAAAGAUCUUUUUCCUCUAAAUAGGAACCUCCAGGACCAUUUUUGGGAGGAAAGAGAAUGUGAAAUGGUCUGUUACUGCAAUUUUAAUGAACUGCUCUGCUGUCCAAAAGACAUCUUCUUUGGGCCGAAGAUUUCCUUUGUGAUUCCUUGUAACACCCAUUGAUAAACAAAGCCACAUUGUGUCAGAGACAGACAAUGACGGACACAGGAAUUGGAAAGAUUUCAAUGUGAAAUACCUCUGCAUUCAUUACCCCUUUCUUACACCCCCUUCUUCCUUUACCAAAAGUUCCCUCUCUUCCUAGAUGUUAAUGUUGACAUCAAUGAGAUUUUCUAAGGCAGAUAGCCCAUAGGUAUAUUGUACAAUCCAUGUUUAGCAUUUGAGAAUUUUGAUUCAACAUAAUAAUAAAAAAAAAAAAUAAAAAAAAAAACGUCAUUUGUUUAGUAAGAAAAGGGUGACAUUUAGGAAAACAUUGCUAGAGAAUGUUAUUCUCCUACAAAAUUCGAUAAUUACUUUCUCUAAAGUCCCAAAUUGUGUUAUCAGUUAAUUAAAAAAGAAAAUAACCAAAAACAGGGAUGUAUAUAACUGCUAAUAGCCACACUCAACAUCUGGCAUAGUAAAUAACAUGCAUGUAUAUCCUCUACAUGAGUGGCUCGGGAUAUGCUAAAUGGAGGAAAAUAUAUUUUUCUAAUGACGUACACUUUGUGUGUAUAGAAAGCUUAAAGGGGUACUCCGGCGCUAAGACAUCUUAUCCCCUAUCUUAUCUUGUCACGCCCCCUACCAAAGGUUUGCAUUGAGGGGGCGCAGCGUGACAUCACACGGGGGUGGAACCGUGACGUCACAAUACUCCGGCCCCGUGAUCAGCAGUCAUCAGACCUGGAGCGAACAUGGUAAAGGGGUGCUGCGUGAAAGAUCAUGGGGGUCCCCCUUUGGAUAGGGGAUAAGGUGUCUUAGCGCCGGAGUACCCCUUUAAAUGGGCACUGUCAGAUACAAAAACUUUUUAUACGUUGUACAUCUUGGCAAUGUGUCAUUAAAGGAGU